AUGGAACCUAUUCCAGAGGCUCCAGCUGCAGAACAUAAAAUCUCACUGGUCACUCCUAUUCGUGCCGCAAUUCGAAUACGCAGAAAAAUCCGAACAUUUAAAAAAAACCAUCUUCAUUUGGAUCUGUCUGGCAAGAGACCUUUGGACAAUAAUAAAGCCUGCCUACUUCGUCGGCAGCUGUCUACCGAGCAGUCCAUCUAUAGGGCCUCCAGUUUUGAUACCCCUAAGUUUUUUAAAUUUGACACUCCAACCUUGGAGCAGGUUGCCUUAAGUAAUCUAAAGCGUAAGAAAAAACGCAAGAAGUCCAGAGCAGUUCUUUAUCCAGGAAACGCCAAAAAAUAUUUACCAGUGGAACAGAAAAGCAAAGCAAAACAAUGUCUAAUGUUAUUAGUUGGGAUCAUUUGCUUCCAAAUCUUGAACGCUAUUGAGAACUUAGAUGACAAUGUGCUAAAAUAUGAACUAGAUGGACUUGAAAAAACAAUGCAUCGGGAAGUAUUUGGGCAAAAGUAUGCCAUUGAAGGAAUAAUGGACCUCCUGAAGGACUACCUGGCAACUCAUUGUCAUAAUAAGCCAUUGGUGAUCUCAAUGAAUGGUCCUAGUGGUGUUGGUAAGAGCCACAUGGGACGGAUAUUGGCCAGGCACUUUCGUGCAGUCAUGGACAAUGAUUUUGUUAUGCAAUACUAUGUCAUGCACAACUGUCCAAAAGAUAGUGAUAUUGAGGUUUGUAAGAACAGUUUGGUUGACUUGAUUUCAGACAUGGUGACCCGGGCAGAGAUUGAGGAAAAAAUCCCUGUCUUUAUAUUUGAUGAAAUGGAACAGAUGCCCCUUCCGCUUUUAGACACGUUACAAGGUUACUUUUACUUAAACCAAAACAAUGAGUAUCUCAACGCCAUCUACAUCUUAAUCAGCAACAUUGGGGGAAAUGAGGUGACCAGGUUUAUCCUCCAAAAUUCAUCCAGCGAUGUUUUGAACGUCGCGCAAGAACUGCAAAGCAUUAUCCAAUCUUCUUUGAAACAACACCACAGAAUUUGGGAUAUUGCUGAAAUUGUCCCUUUCACUUUGUUGGAGAAAAGCCACAUUGCCCAUUGCUUUUUGGAUGAGCUCCUACGGGAAGGGUUUUACCCUGACAAUAACAACAUUGAAAGCUUGACAGGACAGCUAAAAUAUUACACUACAGAGGACAAGCAAUACUCCAUCACUGGGUGCAAACAGGUGGUAGCUAAAGUGAAUCUUCUUCAUUCAUACACAUGA